AUGAAAUUCUCUGCACUAAACAAAAAUUAUAUAAAGUUAAAUUUAGAGAGUGAUAAGAAGAAUGAGUGUAUAAAAGAUUUAAGUAAACAAAUAGAAACAUUAGAAGCUGAUAUGUACUCUAAAUUAAACACUGCUUAUUUGGGUGUAAUUAAUAAGUGUGUUUCACUUGAGAAUUUAGAUAGAAAAGUACAAUCAAUUCAAAUUAUAAAUUCAGAUUAUCAUUCAUUGGUAAAAGAUUCAGUAUUAAGAUCAAAUGAGGUAUGUGAUGAUUUAUCAACUGUUGAGAAAGGUAUUGAAAGAAUUGAAACAAUAGAGGAGGAAUUUUCUUUAAUUUUAAAAUUUCUAGAAAUGUCCUAUAAGAUUAUUGAUACUGUUAACAGUUAUGACAGAGAAAAUAUCUAUGAGAGUAGGAAAAUAUUGUUUCAACAUACUCAAAAUGUUAAAGAAAUAGAAAGUUUGUUUAAUUAUUUUAAAAAGUAUAAUUUUACAACAUCAAUUAAUAAUAUUUAUGGUGAAGCUAAUAGACAGUUUAUCUGUUUUAUUAGAAUGCACAUUGAAAACUGGUUAAAUAUGAUUAGAUAUCAAGAAAUUGGGGCUUUGGCACUUUCUAUAGAUUUCAAACCUAAAGUAUUUGAUGAUAUUGAUGUUUUGAGAAGGGAAAUUAUAUCAAAAGAAUUUUUAUGUAUCGUUUAUGUGAGUGAUGAAUUAAAACUAAGUAGAAUGAUUGUAGAAUUCAUAGAAAAUUAUAGAAAUGAACAAGGAUUCAAAAAUUAUAAGAAAUUUGUAACACCCAGAAAUAUUUCUUUAAAUAAAGAAUCGACUGAGAAUGAAGAAACGAUAGAAGAAGAAAAUGAAUUUUCCUUGAUGUUUGAAGAAUUAUUUAAUAAAUCAAAUGAUGAGAUAAGAAAAAAAUAUCUUAGAAAGAAUUUACCAAUUGAUAUUACUGAUAAGGAAUUAGAAGAACCUGAAUUUCAAACAACAUUAGAGCAAUUUUAUUAUCUUAUAGCAAAUAUACUUUUAAGUCAUUUUAUCAUAGAAUAUUUCCCUAAUUGUAGAACAUUUUUUGAUGAAAUAAUUUCCGAAAUUGAUAAUUUUAAAUUUUAUGAACCUAAAUAUGUAAAGGUUAUUAUACUACCGUUAAAAAGAAUACUAAGUGGUCUUAAUAUUGAUUCAGAUAAGCUGGAUGUCAUCUUACAAAAAAUAGUGUUUAAUUAUUUUAAUACUUAUUUGAAAGGAGACUCACCGGAUGAUAUUAUUAAGUUUAUUGAUAACUCAACUAAUUUCCUAAAAGAUCUCAAACAAUUUUCUAAUGAAUUAGAUGAGUUAUUAAGAAAUAAGAUUGAUAAAACACUUAUAAAAUAUUUUAAAAGAAAUAAAGGUGAUAAUACAGAAGAAGUUCAUAUGAAUAAUAAGAAAGCAAUUAUGGAAUCUUUAAAUUACUUAAAGAAACAAAGUGAUUAUUUUAGAAUCCAACAAUACCAAAUAGAAAAUGAAAUAUUUGAGAAUGAAAAGAAAUUUGUAGAUAAAAAAGUAAAAGAAAUUAUAAAAAGCAAAUCAAAUAUUAAUAAUGUAAUAAAAUUAAUAGUUAAUCUUAAAGAGUACAUGGAUGAAAACAUUAGAUUAAGAAUAUUAAGCAAAGUAAUAGAGGAACUAAAAAAUACAUACAAAGGAGAUAAUUUAGUUUUAUUUUCUGAUACUCUUGACAGAAAUUUUAAUCUUAAAAUAAAAUAA